UUGAGUUCUGACCUGCGGUAAAGUAGAGAAAAGUUUUCGAAGUUGUCGGGGGUGUUUUCAAGACGCACUGCAGCCGGGUCAGUGCUGCGAAGAAAAAAUAUAUAGAUAUUACAGAAUUGGACUAUAUUCAGUUAUUCGUCUUUGCCCAUAUUUUAACCAGCACGUGUGUGUAUGUGUUUUAUCCAACUUUAUGUCGCUAUCCCAUUUCACCGUGAUUUCUUGGAACUUUGACCAUUGUGUGAAUUUUUAAUGGAUGAAUUAUUGCUAACAAUUUGAAGAGAAGAGUCGGAACAAAUUUCCAUAAGGAUGGGGAAUUACAGUAUUUGGAUAUUAAUGUGGAUUUUAUCCCUGACCCACUAUUGUGAAGGCCUCCGCUGCGUGGAUACACACCAGCCCUGUGAAAAUGGAGGAAUGUGUAAAGAGUCCACCUCACGAUGCGUGUGUCAACCCGGCUUCAUCGGACCUCUGUGCCAGUACCAGGACCCCUGCCACCGCUCACCCUGCCUCAACCGAGCCGUCUGCAAGAGCCAGGUGGUCAACGGCAUGGCCCAGCACACCUGCGUGUGCCAGCGGGGAUUCCGAGGCCAGGACUGCUCCCUGAUUGACCAGUGUGUAACCAGCCCCUGUGCCAACGGCGGGCGGUGCACCAACUGGAACAACCGAUACAACUGCUCGUGCCCGCCCGGCUACCAGGGCAAGAACUGCCGCAGCGACAUCGACGAGUGCCAGCGACCGGGAACGUGCUUCCACGGGGGCACGUGCGUCAACGAGUACGGCUCGUACCGCUGCCAGUGCCAGGCUGGUUUCAGCGGCCGGGCCUGCGAGGUGUCCUCAAUGCCCUGUGCCCCCUCCCAGUGCCUCAACGGGGGCACCUGCCGACCCACGGGCAAGCUGAGCUACGAGUGCACCUGCCUGCCUGGGUUCGAAGGACAAAACUGCGAGGUGAAUGUGGAUGACUGCCCGGGACACAAGUGCAUGAACGGGGGUCACUGCGUGGACGGCGUGAACACCUACAACUGCCAGUGUCGGCCCGAGUGGACAGGUCAGUACUGCGCCGAGGACGUCAACGAGUGCCUCAUGCAGCCCAACGCGUGCCACAACGGCGGCACCUGCUUCAACACGGUCGGUGGCCACACGUGCGUGUGCGUCAACGGCUGGACGGGCGACGACUGCAGCGAGAACAUCGACGACUGCGCCACCGCCGUCUGCUUCAACGGCGCCACCUGCCACGACCGCGUCGCCUCCUUCUUCUGCGAGUGUCCCGUCGGCAAGACAGGCCUGUUAUGCCACUUGGAUGACGCCUGUGUCAGCAACCCCUGCAACGAGGGCGCCGUGUGCGACACCAAUCCCCUGAACGGGCGCGCCAUCUGCACGUGUCCCGCGGGCUUUGUGGGCGGGGCCUGCAACCAGGACAUGGACGAGUGCUCCAUCGGCGCUAACCCCUGUGAGCACUUCGGCAAGUGCGUCAAUACAGAGGGCUCGUUCCUGUGCCAGUGUGGGAGGGGCUACACUGGCCCGCGCUGCGAGAUCGACAUCAACGAGUGCCUGUCCAUGCCCUGCCAGAACGACGCCACCUGCCUGGACCGCAUUGGAGAGUUCACCUGCAUCUGCAUGCCAGGGUACAUGGGUACUUACUGCGAGGUGGACGUGGACGAGUGUGAAAGCAACCCCUGUGUCAACGAUGGCAUCUGCAGGGACAUGGUCAAUGGCUUCACAUGCACCUGCCAGCCAGGAUUCACCGGGGCCAUGUGUCAGAUUGACAUCGAUGAGUGCGCCAGCACGCCCUGCAAGAACGGAGCCAAGUGUUACGACCGGCCCAACGGUUACGAAUGCCGUUGUGCUGAAGGGUUCGAGGGCGCCCUGUGCGAGAGUAACAUCGAUAACUGCCAGCCAGACCCCUGCCACCACGGCACCUGCAUCGACGGAAUCGCCAGCUACAUGUGUAACUGUGAACCUGGCUACACCGGCUACCGGUGUGAGAACCAGCUCAACGAGUGCCACAGCAACCCCUGCCAGAACGGCGGCAAGUGCGUGGACCUAGUCAAUAAGUACAUCUGCCAGUGCCGGCACGGGACGUCCGGCACCAACUGCGAGAUCAAUUUCGACGACUGCGCCAGCAACCCCUGCGACUACGGCGUCUGCAAAGACGGCAUCAACCGCUACGACUGCGUGUGCAAGCCGGGCUUCACGGGCCCCCUCUGUAAGGUGGAGAUAGACGAGUGUGCGUCGAACCCGUGCCGUAACGGGGGCACGUGUGUGGAUGAGGAGAAUGGCUUCCACUGCCAGUGUCCCGAGGGCUUCCAUGACCCGCUGUGCUAUUCCGAGGUGGAUGAGUGCAGCAGCAGCCCCUGCGUUCAUGGCACCUGCCGGGAUGACCUCAAUGGGUACAGGUGCGACUGUGAGCCCGGCUGGGUGGGCGCCAACUGCGACGUAGACCGCAACGACUGCCAGUCCAGCCCCUGCCAGCACGGCGGCACCUGCGUCGACCAGCUGAAUGGCUUCAUGUGCAAGUGCCAGCUGGGCUUCCGAGGCCCCCUGUGCCAGAUCAACAUUAAUGAGUGCGUGUCCAAUCCAUGCCUGAACAAGGGCACGUGCGUGGACGGGGCGGCCAGCUUCACCUGCCUUUGCGAGCUGCCGUAUAGCGGGCCCACCUGCACUGAUGUCCUGACCCCCUGCUCCCCCAACCCCUGCGAAAACCAGGGCAUCUGCAGCCACACCCCCGACUAUCUGGGAUACCAAUGCACCUGCCAGCCUGGGUGGCAAGGUCACCAGUGCAACAUCGACAUCAACGAGUGUACGCUGAACCCCUGCAAGAACCGGGGCACCUGCACCAACACCCUGGGCAGCUACAUGUGCAUCUGCCGGCCAGGAUUCACCGGCCCCAACUGCGAGACUGACAUCAAUGACUGCCUUCCCAAUCCGUGCCUGAGCGGCGGAUCCUGCACCGAUGGCAUCAACUCGUUCCGCUGCAGCUGCCUGCCGGGCUUCACUGGGCCGCGUUGCUCCGUGGAGGUGAAUGAAUGUCAGAGCGCCCCCUGUCUGAACGGAGCCGCCUGCACAGACUACGUCAACAGCUACACCUGCACCUGCAAGCCCGGCUUCACCGGCAUCCACUGCGAGACCAACAUCCCUGACUGCACCGAGAGCUCCUGUUUCAAUGGGGGCACCUGCGUUGACAAGAUCAACGGCUAUUCCUGUACCUGCCGCUCCGGCUUCACUGGGUCCAAUUGCCAGCACGAGGUCAACGAGUGUGACGCCAAACCCUGCCUGAAUGGCGGCGUGUGCCAGGACGGCCUGGAGGCCUUCCACUGUGUCUGCCCCAAGGGCUACACCGGCAACCGGUGCCAGAUGGCAGUAGACUGGUGCCGGCUGUCCUCUCCCUGCAAGAAUGGGGGGCGCUGUCGCCCGCAGGAUGGCUCUUUCACCUGUGACUGUGUGGGCAGGUGGUCUGGCCGCUACUGCGACAUCCCGGGCGUUUCCUGCGAGGUGGCCGCAGUGCAGAGAGGUAUCAGGAUCGACCAGCUGUGCCACCACGGUGGCCAUUGCGUAAACACGGGCACGGCUCACUACUGCAAGUGUCCCACGGACUACACGGGCAGCUACUGUGAGAGCCAGGUGGACCACUGCGAGGAUAAGCCCUGCCGCAACGGCGCCACCUGCAGGGCUUAUGUGGGAGGAUACAAUUGCGAGUGUAUGCCAGGAUACCAGGGAAUGAACUGCGAGGUGGAGAUCAAUGAAUGUCAGUCUCACCCUUGCCAAAAUGGGGGCUCAUGCAUCGACCUGGUCGGCCGCUACAUAUGCUCCUGCCCCCCUGGGACCCUGGGUGUCUUGUGCGAGAUAAAUGAGGAUGACUGCAGUCCCUCCCCGAGGCUCCGUGGGACACCCAAGUGCCUCAACAAUGGGACCUGCGUGGACCAAGUCGGGGGGUACCGGUGUAACUGCCCGCCCGGGUUCACCGGCGAGCGCUGCGAGGGAGAUAUUAACGAGUGCCGCUCAAACCCGUGCAGCCCUUCCAGUAGCCUAGACUGUAUCCAACUUCCCAACGACUACCAGUGUAUCUGCAAGCCAGGUUUCACAGGUCGAAGGUGUCAGAGCAGAUUCAGCGUCUGUGAGUCUCAACCUUGCCAGAAUGAGGGCUACUGUUCCCUGUCCCCAAGCAGUGCCCUGGGGUACACCUGCACCUGUCAGCCUGGCUACACAGGGCUUAACUGCGAGCGCAGCCCACUGUCAUGCCGGGAGCUGUCCUGCUACAAUGGGGGCAGCUGCGGGCUGUCUCCUCAUGGCCCACUCUGCACCUGCCCCCCGGGCUUCACUGGGCCCGACUGCCAGCUUCGCAGCUGCUCCUCCCAGCCGUGCCGCAACGGCGGCGUCUGCGCUGAGGACUCCAGCUUCCCCUACUUCCGUUGCCAGUGCCCCAACGGCUGGGCAGGCAAACGCUGCGAGCUGCCGGUGGAGCCGAAACCCGUGUGUCCGCUGGCCGACUGCCACGGCAAAGCCAAAGACGGUGUCUGCGACAAGGAGUGCAACACCUACCCCUGCAAGUGGGACGAUGGCGACUGCUCCCUGGCCAUCAACCCCUGGGCCAAAUGCGACGACCCCCAGUGCUGGCACGUCUUCAACAACAGCCAAUGCGACGAGGCCUGCAAUCGGCCUGAGUGUCUCUUUGACAACUUCGACUGCAACAACAAGGCCAGGACAUGCAACCCCAUCUACGAGGCUUACUGUAUCGACCACUACGGCGAUGGCCGCUGUGAUCAAGGCUGCAACACAGAGGAGUGUGGCUGGGACGGCCUGGACUGCGCCGAGAAGGAUUCAGAACAUUUGGCCGACGGCGUCCUGGUUAUUGUGGUCCUGCUUCCACCAGAGGAGCUGCUCCGGACCAGCACAGCCUUCCUGCAACGCCUCAGCUCCAUCCUGCGCACAACGCUGCGCUUCCGCCUCGACCGCAACGGCGAGGCCAUGAUCCGGCCGUAUACACGCCGCGGCCCGCGUCUGAAACGUGAACUCUCUUCCCACGAGGAGGUCAUCGGGUCCAUCGUGUACCUGGAGAUCGACAACAGGCUAUGUACACCGGACAGCUGCUUCCCCACGGCCGACAGCGCCGCAGAGUACCUGGGGGCACUGUCCGCGGUGGACAUGCUGCGGCUGCCGUACCCCAUCAAAGAAGUCCGCGGUGAGAAACUGCUCCCUAUUCCAGUGGGAGUGCCAGAGUGGGGCAAGUUGUUGCUGGUGGGCGUGGCGGCGCUCUUCCUGCUGGUCAUCCUGGUGCUGGGCAUGUUGAUCGCCCGGCGCAAGCGGGAGCACAGCACGCUGUGGUUCCCCGAGGGCUUCCUGCUCAAAAAGGAGGCGGCCAGCAACAAGAGCCGUAGGGAGCCAGUGGGUCAGGAUGCCCUGGGCAUGAAACACAUUCCCAAGACCGUAGAGGAGUCCCUGCUAGGAGACCACAACGACCAGUGGCUGGAUACGGACUGCCCCGAGGCCAAGCGGCUGAAGGUGGAGGAGCCCAGUGUUAUGUCGGACAGCGAGGACGCCGUCGACUGCCGCCGCUGGACCCAGCAUCACCUGGCGGCCGCCGACAUCCGCAUGCCUCCUUCCAUGGCACUCACGCCUCCCCAGGGAGAGUUUGACAGCGACUGCAUGGACGUCAAUGUCAGGGGCCCAGAUGGCUUCACGCCUCUGAUGUUGGCAUCCUUCUGUGGCGGCGGCCUGGAGACGGACGUGGCAGAGGAGGAGGACACUGAGGAGUCGUCGGCCAACAUUAUCUCGGACCUGAUCUACCAAGGCGCUUCGCUGGCCGCGCAGACGGACCGCACCGGCGAGACGGCGCUCCACCUGGCCGCCCGCUACGCUCGCGCCGACGCCGCUAAGAGGCUGCUGGACGCCGGGGCCGACGCGAAUGCGCAGGACAACACGGGCCGCACGCCGCUGCAUGCUGCCGUGGCCGCGGACGCACAGGGGGUCUUCCAGAUUCUGAUCCGCAAUCGGGCCACCGACCUGGACGCCCGCAUGUACGACGGCUCGUCGGCGCUGGUCCUGGCUGCCCGGCUGGCCGUCGAGGGCAUGGUGGAGGAGCUCAUCACCUGCCACGCUGACGUCAACGCUGUGGACGAGCUCGGUAAAUCGGCCUUACACUGGGCAGCUGCCGUCAACAACGUGGAGGCGACGGUGGCCCUGCUGAAGAACGGUGCCAACAAGGACAUGCAGGACCUCAAGGAAGAGACGCCACUGUUCCUGGCGGCACGGGAGGGCAGCUGUGAGGCCGUUCGCAUCCUGCUGGCGCACUUCGCCAACCGCGAGAUCACGGAUCACAUGGACCGGCUGCCGCGCGACAUCGCGCAGGAGCGCAUGCACCACGACAUCGUGCAGCUGCUGGACGAGUACAACACCGUCCGCAGCCCACAGGGGGCGCACGCACUCUCGCCACUCAUGUGCCCGCCCGGCGCCUUUGCGUCCGGCCUGAAGCCCACGCCGCAGGGCAAGAAGGGCCGGCGGCCGCCAGGGGCCAAGGGGGCGGGGCUGGCGGGGCCGCAGAGCGGGCUGAAAGAUGCGGGUAAGGCACGGAACCGGAAGCUGACGCUGGAAAUGCAGAGCUCGCUGCUGGAGAGCUCUGUCACACUGUCCCCUGUCGACUCACUGGACUCGCCACGCGGCGGCGCCAGCAAUGCCGGCUACAUCACCAACCCCGCCUCCCCGGCUGCCAUGCCCUCCCCGGGCCUCUUCCACCCCUCCGUGUCCAUGCCCAGCACCCCAAUGGUGCAUGGGCUGCUGGACGCAGCGGGCGGCCCCUUUGCUGUCUCCAUGGCGCAGCUGGGUGAUCUUGCCGACAGCGCGCUCUCCAUGGGACGCAUCCCCAUGCCCUCGGUGGCCCCCGGCCCCCCAGGCUACGUGCUGAACGCCAGCCAGCUGGGGCUCAACCUGGGCAUGGUGAGCCCGGUCAGCGUGCCCUUUGACUGGCACGCCCGUCUGCCCACCACCUCCCAGUGCGGCCAGCAGAUCGUGGGCCUGGUGCACCCUCCCACCAGCACCCAGGCUGGCGUGGCCCCCCAGGGCACAGCCCUGCAGCAGCAGCAGGCCGCCCUCCUGCACCAGCAGCGGCUGUUCCACGGCUCCCAGCAGGCCCUGCUGCAGCCCACACCUGUCUCCACGCCGCAGUCGCUGAGCCCCGUCAAGCUGCCCUCCAUCGCCGAGCAGCACAGCCUGGCCAGCCAGCAGAGCAUGACCCGCAUGGGCACGCCGACCCCACCCACUCCUCAGCAGGCUCCGCCCCCGCCCUUCUUCAAACAGCAGCCCGCCCAGGCUCCGCCCCCACAGCCCGAGCAGCCUCAAGCCCCAACCCCACAAGCUCCGCCCCCGCAGGCUCCGAGUGCCAAUGCCAGCAGCGGGACGGGCCUGGAGGACUACCCGACCCCACCCUCUCAGCACAGCUACAGCUCCGCCCUGGAUGCCACGCCCAAGCAUUACCUUCACCUGCCCAACGAGCACCCGUACCUGACGCCGUCGCCGGAGUCCCCCGAGCCCUGGUCCAGCCCCUCCCCGCACUGCGUGUCCGACUGGUCAGACUCCACCCCCAGCCCGGCCGUGGCUGGUCCCGCCCAGACACAGAUCCCUCACGUCCAGGAGUCCAACGGCAAGAUGCAGGUGUUUGCGUGAAGUCGCCACUGGACCAUGAGGACUUGUGUGGGGAAGAAAAAAAAAAAAUCUCAGCUCACUGUAGGAGUUGUCAUUUUUUUAAUGAAUAUAAAUCUGUCACCCCCUUUCCAAGAUUUUGUUUGGAUUCGGAUUGACUGUAUUAUCCAAUGAACUGUUAGCUUGGCUUUGCAAGCGAACAGGAGGUAAAAUUAGUAAAGGGAAAUGUCUGUUGUCUUAAAAAGAAGACAAUUUAAUGAAGUAAGACUUAUUCUGUCAAAAUGGACUUUUUGUAAUGGAAAAAAAAAGUAUAUGAAGAAAUCUGAAGUCUUUAAUUUCAAAGGCAGGGGAGGUUUUCCUGAAACUAACAAACUUUUAAAAAGUAGAUGAAGAGAAGAGCCAACUAUUGUGGGAAAUUCCUCCCGUUUCAUUUUUAUUUAUUCUUCUUUUAUUGUUUCUCCUGAGUACAUUUCAGAUGCCUGCUCCCUCUUUCAGAGAAAUCUCUCCUUUAAAUGCGGGCCGAACCCCCCCAUACAGCUCAACACCACUCGUCAAAGCGCGAUACGCUCAACGCCAAUUGGUCUGCACUCCAUCCCUAUCCAGAACUGGUCGAAUAAACCGGUAUAAGAUCAACAUUUAGAGUGGACACUAUUACAAAGGCUCGUCCUCCCCUGAAAAUUCGAGCUAAGAAUGUGUCAGGAUGAGGGAGAUCAUUUGCCAGUUUUGACUGAUUAAUUUCUUUAAGUAUUUAUUUAGGCCAAACAAACAACAAACGUAACUUGGUGUAACACAUAGACUUAAAAAUGGCCAGCACUAGGAUUUUGUACUGAUCAGAGGAGGAUCUAUUAAAAUGAACAUUCCUGAUGGGUAUUAUUUCUUUGUACGGAUGUAGGGGGCAUUUCUGAAGCACUUGCUGGGUGUGCGGGGUGGGGUGGGGGGGGCUGAUGGCUCUGAUAGCAAACGGUCAACAGGCCAUUUCAAUAUUAGCAUGAGUAUUAGCGAAACAGCUGUCCGCUGUUUGGUAUGAGGAUGAACCACACAAUUAGGGGUGUCUCACUGGCUGCUCUAGAUCCCCCACCCCUCCCCCGCCCCCAGGUGGAACGAACCUCUUCUGCCACAGUAUCCCAGCCAUGGUAAGUUAGUCUACUGGCUAAGGGCAUUUACUCCAUUACUAAAUAAGGGACAUCUAAAUACCAGUUUGCCAGCUGUCAGUCUACCUUUGUGGUUUGCAUUUCACUGCCUGUUUUGCAUUCUGUUUUGUUUUAUUUGGACGUGUUUCAUUUUUCGUUGUUUUGUUUCGUUUUGUUUGAAGCCAUGGACGGCGUCGCCAUGGCGAUCAAAGCUAUGUUUACCAGCUGCUGCUUUCUGUCACACAGACAUUCCGGUCUGUAGGUCCCACAGACUCCUUGUGUUGCGCUUUAGUCAAAUGUAGCCGGGCUAUGGUGGCGGCAUUGGGACAGUAAACCACACACCCCCAGUUACUGGGGACUCACUCCCGGCCGUCUAUUAGUGGGCUCAUCUAAAUCGGAGCUCACUUCCUCACAGUUGCUGCCGAAAUCACCGCUCCCUCUAAAGAAGCCCCACCCCCCGUCUCGUCGCCUCACUUCCUGCUGAGGCAUGUAGAGGCUCUGCCCAUGUGACACCUGGCAGGAGGGAUGGAGGCAUUUCUGCUUGGGGGGGGGUUAUGUCAGAAGCUGGGGGCGGAGCUAACACUACUAUGUAGUGUCAUACAUCAUUGUCAUUUGCUGUCUCUCUCUCCGGCAGCCAAUCCCACGGUCCUUCAGAGAAUGGGUGGGGCCUCCCACACCUUUGUUCUUGUUGUUGUUCUUCCCCAUCCACCAGCCCGCCUGCUGUAACAAUAAGUGAUCCCGCUGCUAAUUUCCCAUUCCUCUCCACUGCCGGAGCCCAUUUGAUAGCCCACCACCGGUUUGAAACCCCGCCACGGGGUUGUAACCAUUUCGACAGGACACGCCCUUUGAGUGCAUGGCCAGCUCAGUGUCUCGGUCCUGCCACACCAGGACUGGGUGUGUUUAAAGUGCAUUUUGUGUUUUUUUCCCCCCACCGGGAAAACCAGAGAUAAGCAAAGGACUGCUAUGUGCGCCAGCGGUGUACAGACAUGCAAAUGCUGUUUAUUUGUUUGUUUUUUUUUUUAACUUUACUCUUCAUUUGUCAUUCCAUCGCUACACUGUGCAUGUCCAGAAACUCGACUCGACUUUCUGCUUGUAAAUAGUGUUUGUUUGAAGUGGAAUUGUCUGCUUCAAAUGUCUUAUGUUUCUAAAAUGAGUAUGUACUAAAAAAAACACAAAACGACAAAAAGAACAAACGUUAGCGUUGUUUUCAGACAGAAUAAGGCCAAUACUUGUUUGUUCCUGUAUUACUAGAAACACUUAGAUUUUUUUUUACGGUUAUUAUUAAUUCUUAUACUUGUUUAAAAGUAGUUUAAAAUCAUUGUACAGAAGCUCAUCUUUACUGUUUGUUUGCAACAGACAAGUUGUAAAAUAAAUUACUUCUAAUAAAAUGUAGGUAACUGCA